GCCCCACAGUCACUCUUGCGCCUCUGGACAGCCACAGGGGCAAAGCCUGUCACCCCAGGAUCCAGUCACCAGGGAAAAGGAGAGAGAGACCAGAAGAGGGCCAGCUGGGGCCAGGGGGUGGAGGCUCAGGAAGCAGGGACCAGGCACUGGAGGCAAGGGGCCCAGAGAAGAGACUCCCCUCAGAAGUGCAGAAGAGGAGAGCGGAAGGAACCAAGGGAGGGACAGACAGGAGCCUGAGGAGGAAAGAGGAGGGGGAGAGGGGUCAGGCCCAAGCGGCCUAGGAGGAGGCGUCUGGCUGGGGGCUGCCGGCAGGAAGCUAGAGACACGUCUGACUAGUGUGCUGUCCCCUGAAGCAGCGGCAUCCUCUGGGGACCUGGCAGAGGCACCAGUGGUCAGGCCGGGAUGUGUCUCUAAGGGCCGCAAGGAGUACCUCGCCAUGGCCCCCAGCACCCUCUGGAGCUGCUACCUCUGCUGCCUGCUGUCCGCAGCCACGGAGGCUGCCAGCUACCCUCCUCGAGGUUACAGCCUCUACACAGGGGGUGGUGGAGCCCUCAGUCCUGGGGGACCCCAAGCCCAGAGCGCCCCACGGCCUGCCAGCCGCCACAGGAACUGGUGUGCCUAUGUGGUGACACGGACAGUGAGCUGUGUCCUCGAGGAUGGAGUGGAGACCUUUGUCAAGCCGGACUAUCAGCCCUGUGGCUGGGGCCAGCCUCAGUGCCCUCGAAGUAUCAUGUACCGAAGCUUCCUCCGCCCGCGCUACCGUGUGGCCUACAAGACAGUGACGGACAUGGAGUGGCGGUGCUGUCAGGGGUAUGGGGGUGAUGACUGUGGGGAGGGUCCUGCUUCUGUGCUGGGCCCUGCACCCUCCACACCCCACCCCCGCCCCAGGCCUGCCCGCCCCAACCUCUCUGGCUCCAGUGCAGGCAGCCACCUCAGUGGACUAGGGGGAGAAGGUCCUGGGGAGUCAGAGAAGGUGCAGCAACUAGAGCAGCAGGUGCAGAGCCUGACCAAAGAUUUGCAAGGUCUUCGAGGUGCUCUGCAGGGACUGAGUGGGCGCCUGGCAGAGGAUGUACAGAGGGCUGUGGAGACAGCUUUUAAUGGGAGGCAGCAGCCAGCAGAUGCAGCUGCCCGCCCGGGUGUGCAUGAAACCCUCAAUGAGAUCCAGCAUCAGCUGCAGCUCUUGGAUAAUCGUGUUUCUACCCAUGAUCAGGAGCUGGGCCACCUUAACAAUCAUCACAAUGGAGACAGUGGUGGAAGUGGCAGGGCCCCAGCUCCUGUCCCAGCCCCUCCUGGCCCCAGUGAGGAGCUGUUAAGGCAGUUGGAGCGGCAGCUGCAGGAGUCCUGCUCUGUGUGUCUGGCAGGGCUGGAUGGCUUCCGCCAGCAGCAGCAAGAGGAUAGGGAACGACUGCGAACGAUGGAGAAGCUACUGUCCUCCAUGGAAGAGCGGCAGCAACAGCUGAUGGGACCUGCCAUGGCCCGUAGACCCUCUCAGGAAUGCUGCCCCCCAGAGCUGGGCAGGCGACUGGCAGAGCUGGAGCGGAGGCUAGAUGUAGUGGCUGGCUCAGUGACAGUGCUAAGUGGGCGUCGAGGUUCUGAGCUGGGAGGAGCAGCUGGACAGGGGGGUCACCCUCCAGGCUACACCAGCUUAGCCUCCCGCCUCUCUCGCCUAGAGGACCGCUUCAACUCCACUCUAGGUCCCUCAGAGGAGCAGGAGAAGGACUGGCCUGGAGGAUCAGGGAGGCUGGGCCGCUGGUUGCCUGCUGCUCCUGGUCGGUUAGAGAAGCUGGAGGGGCUGAUGGCCAAUGUGAGCAGGGAGCUGGGUGGGCGCCUAGAUCUGCUGGAAGAACAGGUGGCAGGGGCUGUGCAGGCCUGUGGACAGAUCUGCUCUGGGGCCCCAGGGGAACAGGAUUCUCAGGUCAGUGAGAUCCUGAAUUCCUUGGAGCGCAGGGUGCUAGACAGUGAGGGUCAGCUAACGCUGGUGGGCUCAGGCUUGCACAAAGUAGGGGCAGCAGGGGAAGCCCAGCAGGCCAUGCUGGAUGGACUACAGGGGGUUGUGAGCCGGCUGCAGGAGCGAAUGGAUACACAGGAGGAAACAGCAGCAGAGUUCAUGCUGCGCCUGAAUCUUACAGCAGCACAGCUGAGCCAACUGGAGGGUCUGCUGCAAGCCCGUGGGGAGGAGGGCUGCGGGGCCUGUGGUGGUGUCCAAGAGGAGCUAGGCCGCCUUCGGGAUGGGGUAGAGCGCUGCUCCUGCCCACUGUUACCUCCACGUGGCCCUGGGGCUGGUCCAGGUGUUGGGGGACCAAGCCGUGGGCCUCUGGAUGGCUUCAGUGUGUUUGGAGGCAGCUCAGGUUCAGCCCUCCAGGCCCUGCAAGGAGAGCUCUCUGAGGUCAUUCUCACCUUCAGCUCCCUCAAUGACUCACUGCAUGAGCUCCAGACCACUGUGGAGGGCCAGGGUGCUGAUCUGGCUGACCUGGGGGCCACUAAGGACAGCAUCAUCUCUGAGAUUAACAGGCUACAGCAGGAGGCCACAGAGCACAUUACUGAGAGUGAGGAGCGCUUCCGGGGCCUGGAGGAGGGCCAGGCACAGGCAGGCCAGUGCCCUGGCCUCGAGGGGCGAUUAGGCCGUCUUGAAGGAGUCUGUGAGCGGUUGGACACUGUGGCUGGGGGCCUGCAGGGCCUACGUGAAGGCCUUUCCAGACAUGUGGCUGGACUCUGGGUUGCACUUCGGGAAACCAAUAGCACCAGUCUGACACAGGCAGCCCUGCUGGAGAAGCUGCUGGGGGGGCAGGCAGGCCUGGGCAGACGACUCGGUGCCCUCAACAGUUCCCUGCUGCUCCUGGAAGACCGUCUGCAGCAGCUUAGCCUGAAGGACUUCACUGGGCCUUCAGGUGAGGCUGGGCCCCCCGGACCUCCUGGGUUACAGGGGCCCCCAGGCCCUGUGGGACCUCCAGGACCUCCUGGCAAGGAUGGACAAAAGGGGCCCAUUGGACCACCAGGUCCCCAAGGUGAACAGGGAGUGGAGGGAGCACCAGCAGCCUCUGUACCUCGGGUGGCAUUUUCAGCUGCCCUGAGUUUGCCACGGUCAGACCCUGGGACGAUCCCCUUCGACAGAGUCCUACUCAAUGAUGGAGGCUACUAUGACCCAGAGACAGGUAUAUUCACUGCGCCUCUGGCUGGACGCUACUUGCUAAGCGCGGUGCUGACAGGUCAUCGGCACGAGAAAGUGGAGGCAGUGCUGUCGCGCUCCAACUUGGGUGUGGCCCGCAUAGACUCUGGAGGCUAUGAGCCCGAGGGCCUGGAGAAUAAGCCCGUGGCCGAGAGUCAGCCCAGCCCCGGGGCUCUUGGUGUCUUCAGCCUCAUCCUGCCGCUGCAGGCCGGAGACACCGUCUGCAUCGACCUGGUCAUGGGGCAGCUGGCACACUCGGAGGAGCCGCUCACCAUCUUCAGCGGAGCACUACUCUAUGAGGACCUGGAGCUUGAACAGGCAUAGACCGGCCCGGCCCGGCCCGACCACCAAAUUUGUCUACAUGGGCCACAGAGCCACCUGGGUGGCGUUGUCCUGGCACCCCGCCCUGUCGCAACACAGGCGUCCAGAGCGGCCCCUCCCCAGGCCGCGAUCGCGCGGGUCCUGGGUCCUAGACGUCUCCUCCUCCAGACUUGGUCUGAAUGCUGAUCCCUCCAGAACCCUCUCCAGGAUUCGGGCUGCGGAAGAGGAACUGACCCUUGCACCCUUUGCUUCCUCAAGCAGCCUGGCUCCAGGGCUCUCCUGAGCAGGCUCCGGGCCCGCACCGCCAUACUAAACUAUUCAGGAAUAAAGACACUUUUUUUUUUUUUUUUUUUUUUUUUUUU